AUUCAAUUUCAAAUUCAAACAGAACCAACCGGUAAACUUGUGAAGUUCUAUAAUAGAUUUUUGUUUACAACUUAGCAUAUUUUUAAUGGUAUACUAGGAAAACAUAAUAAAAUGAGUAGUAAUAAGUUAAACAGUGAUGAAGUACCACAAAAAUUUAUCGAAUGGGUGCUGGCGCUUGGAUGUCCUGGAGAAAAAAUACCUUCCAUCGAAAAGAUGACAGGGAUGUGCAGAGGUCAAUACUACAUGACAUGGCGCAGCAUGAUGGAGCAUGUUCAGCCCAAGGAUGAGAUUGGCCACAAGAGACUGUCAGUUUUUCUUGAUGAUGUGAAAAUGUGUCAGGAAAAGAAACUACUCAAUGAGAGGGGCUCCAGCAGUUUGUUACCAGAACAACUGUCUCUCUGGAAAGAGCAAACAGAGAUUAAAGAGAAGGUGAAGGAAGCUGAGACCCGUGUUAAUAAUGCAAGAGUAACUCUGAACGAGCUUAUGGAUAAAGUAUCUGGCAAAGUAAUCCAGCGUAAUUCGUCUCGACAACGCAUAGAAGACCUGCAACGCCGGCACUGGUUGCUCACCCAAGUGUCCAGUGAACUACAAACUAAGAUCGCUAACAUAGAGGAGACGAGAACCAUUGCCAACUCCCUGUGUAGCGUUGAGAAGGAAGCACAUGAUGUAAAGAGCCAACUAGAGGACUGUCUCGCACGUCUUAGGAAAAGUCAACCCAGCACUUUGCCAUUGGCCACUCCUGUAGCUUGCUCGUCCAUCAACUCUAACCAUGCUAAUGAAACAACUAGCAAUGAUAAAGAUCAGCGCGUGCUCUCGCUAGUGAACUGCCGCGGCGACGCUCUGUGGCCACACCUGUACGACAAAAUGUCUUCGCUUUACUCUCAGUUGUCGGACGCCUACACAAACCAUGCUGAUGUUGGAAAUAACAGAUCUCAAACAGGCUCUAUGUUGGCCCACACCGCGGCGCUGCAUGCAACAUUGGCACUUGAGGCAGUAAAGAAUAGAGUUCACAUUCGAAGGACGCAGCAACAACUCGUCGCGUCCAUCGAAGAAACUAACAGUCACAUAUCAGAAGAUGCCUUCGAAUUGUUAGUAGUGAGAGCCCAGAGAGCCUUCUGCGAGGCCCGCGUGAAGUCUCUCAAGGCCUCCCUGGAGGAGUUGACUGCGAGGACCGGCGUCUUCCACUCCGCUGACGAUCGCAGCGACUGCGGCGUCGACGCGCAGGCAACGCUGGGGAAGAUUGCUAGUAUUAAUAAAUGUAUUGUAAAGUCGCGGGAAGAGAUCAAGCGGCUAACACUACUGUUCGCGCAUACGGAGAGGAAGAUAUACAACAUCAGGGAGUGCUUGUUGUCUGUGUUCAGCGCUCUGCACAACAACACGGACGUCGGAAACAACGCUCUAGCCACAGGAGUGCAACUGGAUUUCCCAACAGACUCAAUACUGCUCCUCCGUCAGUUCUACAAGAAGAGGUGCGAGAGAGACGCAAACAACGCCAACCUCAGCUUCAACUUGGAAAUGUCUGACAUAUCGUCUGAUGAUGUAUCGGUUAAUCCAACGUUUGUGGACGAGUUGAAUGUGUAUUUGAAGAAAUUCAAUUUGGAAAAGAACAGAAAACUUGUGUUGGACAGUGGCGAAAAGAUAUGGAUAUUCGAGACAAUACAAGCUCUGUCGCGAAGGCUGAGCGCUCAGUGGGCGAGCGCUGACGUCACACUGCUGUGCCCCUCCGUGCGACCGUCGCGCGCGCUGCGCCGCCUGCGCGACACGACGCAGCGACAUGCGUUAGUCGCGUGCGCUCAACGCAACGCGCAGCGCACGACUGACAUACAGACGUCGAUUGAUGCGGAUAUAACCACCAUGACAGACCAAGAAGCCGAGACCAUGGACAAAAUGAAGAAGAGCAUCACAGAAAACCGUGUCCUUCUACAGAAGGUGCACAGGAACCUGGAGCUCUGCGAGGAGAACCUUCACUUCUGGUCCGAUCACCAGCUCAAGAAGUACAUCUCCACCGACAGAACUGUGGGGGGCAUGACGUAUGCACAGUAUGAGGCGUCUUAUAUGGAAAAAUUGAAUUAUUAGUUUUAGUCACAGAGUAGAAAAAGUGAGUCUUUACAAGCAACGUACUGAAGCCAGUGAAACCCAAUAA